AUGGCUGAAUCUGCUUCUAUUGCUCUACGACGUUUCUCCCGCACUCGCACUGGUGAUGAAGAGCAGCAGAACACGUCCACAGUGGCCUCUGAGAUGGUCCUGAAGCAAAGUCCGACAAACCUUGUUGACCGUUGGCUACGAAAAGGCAAAAGACGAGUCGGCAUCUCUGAGUCGCUGAAGGCUGUCGCGUUCUCAUCCUGGCUGAAUAUUCUCAUUAUCUUCAUCCCCAUAGCAUGGGUGGCCCACUUCUACAACGAAAAAGACCCAGAGCAUCCAGAAGAGACCUUUCCAUACGUCCUCACCUUCAUUAUGUGUUUCCUGGCGAUCAUACCACUCGAAAAACUGUUCGACUACUGUGGCGAGCAAAUGGCCUUUUAUUUAGGUGAAGAUUUGGGGGAAUUGCUAGUCAUCACGCUCAACAACACUGUGGAAGCAACAUUGGCUAUUAUCCUCCUCAAGAAAUGCGAACUUCGUCUCCUGCAGAGCACAAUCAUUGGAGUCGUUGUGUUACAUUUGCUGCUUGUACCCGGAGUAGCUUUCGUCACUGGCGGUGCACGAAUUGUGGAGCAAGACUUGCAUCCGCACAUCACGCAGCUAAAUCAAUCUUUACUGACUAUCGGCGUCCUCACACUUCUCUUACCCGCUAGUUUCUUUGCGGCUCUUGAUCGGGGCGUUAUCCCCGUGAACGCCGAACAACUUGCCGAGUCCCUUGUAAAUGAUACGACGCGCAGGAUGCUACUCCAAAUGAGCCGUGGUCUCGCAUUUAUCCUCCUCGGAGUUUAUGUCUGCUCCCGCAUCUUCUUGCACAAUCCACCAGGCGAAAAUGUCACUUUGGCUGAUCACAAGCUCGCUCCCGAAGCGCUUCGCGAUCGCGCAAAGGAGAGAGAAGAGCAAGAGCCGGAAGUCAACCAGUAUGUGUGUAUUGCGAUCAUUGCGAUCACUGUUGGUAUCAUGGCUGCAACUGCCGAGUGGCUGGUCGAUAGUAUCGAAUUUGUUCGAGAAGCGGGUGGAAUUCAAGAAGAAUUCUUUGGUCUUGUUGUCUUGCCAUUGGUUUCCUUCUCUGGGGACGGCUUCCUUGCAAUUCUCUUCUUCCUCCGCAGCUGGAUUCAGUAUUUCCGUGGGAUACAUGCCCCACCUGGCCAACUUGCGAACGCUCGUCCCAUUGACCUGAGUAUCCAAUUCAUUCUGUUCUGGAUGCCCUUCAUCGUACUCUUGGGCUGGUGGACCGAUCGACCAAUGUCAUUACUCUUCGACCUUUUCGAGGUUGCACUCCUCAUUGGAGCAUGUUUCAUUGUGAAUUAUGUCACGGCCGAUGCGAAGACAAACUGGGCGGAAGGGUUUGCCAUGUUGUCGUUCUAUUUUAUGAUUGCGCUCUGCACGUGGUUCUAUUCAGGACAAGAGCAAGUCCACCUCUUAUUGGGCACAGCUUGCAAGAGUGUACUUGAGACUGUUAUGCUGGGGCCAGAGACGGUGGAGUAA